GGCAGGAUAUAUUUGGAGUGGUCUCUUAUCCGCAAGUAAGAUGGAGAUGAGCAGGCUUGCGUGGUCGGUGAGCCUAUUUCCUAUUCAAAGGCCGUGUGCAUCUAUUUGGGGGAGGAAGGCGAGUGUUAUAAGGUGCUCAUCAGAUGAAUUCAAAGUGCUGACUUCAGUCACAAGUAAACACAAUAACAUUGUAAUCCUCGACACUCCCGACUCACGAAUCCUGCUUCUUGACUCUUCCAAUAAUGUGCAUAGCAUCCUUCACAAGGGAAACAAGUGGACUCAUGCAUAUUGGGAUGAGUUUGCCACCUUGCCAGCCAUUGUUCCAAAGGGUCCCGUCGCUAUCUUUGGCUUGGGGGGCGCAACUGCUGCACAUUUGAUGCUUGAACUAUGGCCUUCUUUGCUGCUUGUUGGAUGGGAGAUAGAUGAAAUUGUAUUGAUUGAAAAAGCAAGAGAAUAUCUUGGGCUCUCUGAUCUGGAGAAACAUACUGAAGUUGGAGGUGUGUUGGAAGUUCGUAUUGGAGAUGUACUUUCUCCGUCAGUUACUAUCCCUGGAGGUUAUGCAGGCAUAAUAGUUGAUUUGUUUUCUGAUGGAAAGGUUUUGCCACAACUGGAAGAGGUUACAACUUGGUUGGAGAUGAAUAAGAUGUUGAUGCCCAGUGGUCGGCUCAUGGUGAAUUGUGGUGCUGCUACCAAAGAAUUGCCUAAUACUUCUUCUGACCCUUGGGAGCUAAACGCAACUAUCAAUGCAUUAUGCGAGGCAUUUCCUGAGCAGGUAAGCUGGAAAAAGCUGCCAAAGAGAGCAGGAGAAAAUUAUCUUGCACUGACUGGACCAUUACCAGAUUUGGCUAUUUGGUCUGCUCGUCUCCCAGAUCAAUUAAGCUCAAGUGUCAAAGAAUGGAGAAGUUGCACGCCUUCGUGAAUGUGACAGUGGACUUGGUUAAGUUGUAAAUUUCCACAUGCCAAACCAUGCUGAAAAGGUCAUUUGUGCCGAUAAAAAGGUCAUUUGGUUAAGAA